UGCCGCCUAGAGGGGCCUCUGCGCCGGCGCGAGGCUGGCGGCGGGCUGGGCUGGCCGGCGAGCCACUUCCGGCACUCCGUGGCUAGUCCUUCCGGUUGGGCCUGCCCCGGCGGCUGGAGGAGCGGCGAUGGGGCGCGGCGGGAGCCGAGAGGCUUUUUUCGGAAGUGAGACCUAGACCCUUGUGGGUCUUUCUGGAUUUUCCAUAAUGGUGUCAGUUACUAUGGCUACAUCAGAAUGGAUUCAGUUUUUCAAGGAAGCUGGGAUUCCUCCAGGCCCUGCCGUCAACUACGCAGUUACGUUUGUAGAUAACAGAAUCCAGAAGAACAUGCUGAUGGACCUGAACAAAGAGAUCAUGAACGAGCUGGGCAUUACGAUAGUGGGGGACAUCAUUGCGAUCCUCAAACACGCCAAGGUCGUUUACAGACAGGAGAUGUGCAAGGCAGCUACUGAAUCGAUAUGCCCCAGCCCACCGAGCGUGCAGGCCGAACUGCGCCGGAACGCCAACAGCGCUGCUACCCGUAUGAUUGCUAACAGCUUGAGCAGAGACUCACCACCUGCUACCCCUGUCCGAAGGCCUGAUACCAGCACAUCCAAAAUCUCUGUCACUGUAUCCAACAAACUUGCCGCAAAAAAUACAAAAGCAGGUUUGUGUGACACAGCGGACGAGAGUCCAACGGUCCCGGUUAAGCGCCGCCGAGUCACAGCAGAAAUGGAGGGGAAGUACAUCAUCAACAUGCCAAAGGGCACCACUCCUAGGACUAAGAAAAUCCUGGAGCAGCAGGCAGCCAAAGGUCUCCAGAGGACAUCUGUGUUUGAUCGUCUGGGAGCUGAGACAAAAGCUGACACGACUACAGGAGGCAAGCCCACAGGGGUGUUCAGCCGACUGGGUGACACGUUGGAGGUGGAUGGGGACAAAGCAGUGGAGAGUGACGACGACUGCUCUGUCCUGCAGUACGCCGGUGUCCUGAAGAAGCUCUCCAAGCCCACGCACAAGGAAAGUGCCAAGCCGGUAGUGACCAUCAAAGCAAAAGCCACUAGCUCAGAGGCCAAACCAGCUGCCACCGCCAUCCGGCGGCUCGGCAACAGGAGUGCCACCAGUGUCCGCCUAGCAGCAAAAGAACGCAAGCUGGAGCCGGCAGCAUCCAAAGUCAGCGUCAUCCAGAGACUGGGCAAGGCCUCUUUGCCAGCGGAGGCCCAGGACAGCAGCAUCACCAGCACGAAGAGUAAAACGGAGCCCGAGUUCAGGGUCACCAUAAAGAGGACUUGGGGGAGCGCGAAGGUAAGCAGCACCAGCGAAACCCCUAGCGCUCAGAUGGACAAUACAGGCACUGUUAGCGUCUUUAAAAGACUGGGAAAGAAGGCAGACUGACACGUGGACAGGGUAUUGCAGGCUCCUCUCUCCAGUGGCUAGUGCUUGAACCACUCCGUUUUUUACAUGUUGUUACCACUCUACACACAUCCAGUGCCCUCCUGAUGGAUGUCCACUGUUACCCCCGUUUUUUUCCUUUGUAGCAGAGGUCAGGGCUUCUCGUCCCAGUUUUGUUCCGAUCCUGGCUAAUCCCUUACCAUUAAAUGCAAAGGAAGAAGAAAACCUUCCUGCGAAUUUGGCUGCCUCUGUGUGCGAUGAGCUGGGGUUCUCGUGUCUGCCAGAUGUUCUCUGCCAGCACCGACCCCUCCCCACCAGGCUAACGGUUCUCUUUGAUCCUCUGUGCCGGCAGCGGGUGCGAGGCCAAGUCAGGGGGCAGCAUGGCAGCUCGGGCUCUCCGGAUGAGCAGAGGGUUGCAAACUCCAGGGCUGUCGGUCUUGUACCCUCACCAGUUCACUGACAGCAUUUUUUUUCUAUCUUUCUGUUUUUUGUUUUUCUCCUCUGCAGGUUCUUUCCUGUAUCUAGGAAGUAGGACCUGGAGGACUCCGUAAAGAGAUAUUACGGAGUUGGGGCCUGGUGCUGGGACUCUCGAUUUUGAGGGUUUCAGAGCAGCCUCUAAAACCAAAAUACAAAGGCUUCAGAAAACUGCUCAGGCACUUGUUUGAUUGUUCAAAAUUCAAGAGUUGUGUUAAUCUAAGAGAGACAUUAGGUUUCUUCACUGCUGCUGUCCAUACUUCCGUGCUCGCAUUUCUAGCACCUGCACUGGCUUGAUCUCACCUGCCUCUUCCCACUUUGAAACCUAAAAUCACCACCCUUGGAUUUACAACUGUUACCAAAAUUGUUUCCCACAAGUUUGUUGUGUGGAAACAGCUGCAGCAACACUGAUCCUCACCUCUGUCUGGGCAGUUCCCAGGUCUACCAGGCAUGUACUAAAAACUGCAUAUCCUGGCUGCCAGGGUUUAUGACCAAUUCCAGAAAUACUGUUUAGUGGAUGGAAGAGGAAAGGAGCAUUUUGUGUGGUCUUCCGUGAGCCUUUUCUCUAAAUGUUUAAAGUAAUGCAACACUCUCCAACAUUAGCUUUCUGCUGAGAGCAGCGGGAACUGUUGUGUCCUGCAGCGGCCAGGUCUGAGGAAAAUGGAGUUUCUUAGAGCAAAAGGCAUAACUUCCCUGUAAAGCUCUGCUUGUAUUGCACACCGUCGCUGGGAGAACAGGUUGAGGUCCUCCGUGGUGUGACAAUACGCACAUCGUGUGUGCUGUGCCCGCCUGCUAAACCUUCGCGGCCAGCCACCAGGCAGGGCACCGGCCAGGGGCUCCGAGGGGGCUGCACGCGUCCGGCUGUUCUGGCGUAAUCGUUUCUUCAUUUAGCUGGAGCUUCUUCCGCUCCUGUUCUGAAUGCCCUUUUUUUUUUCCUCUCCAGAAGGCUUGUUUUCCCUAGUCUGUGGGUGUCAUCGUGCGAGGGGGACGGGACUGGCAGCGCGGGGAGUGCUGUGCGUGGAGGACGCCCUCGAGAGCCGCAGAGCAGUCGGUGUCUCGGCUGUUGGUGUCCUCUUUGCGAGAGGGACUUUCCUCCGCCCACACGGGGAUAAUAAAAACAAGAACGAAAGACCACUGAGCUGAUGAUUUCACAGCGCGGAGGUCUCAGCUAAGGUCUGUGUCUUCAGCGCGCUCCUAUUCGGUGACUUGUAAGUGCGGUUAAGCGCCAGGCUUGAACAUCGGCCCUGUGCAGCCUGCGGGCUCGGGAUAUGCCUCUUUUUUUCUCCCUUUUAGAUCUCUCUGAGAUGCUCAGGUAAAAAGCCUUUCUGCAGAAGGGGCCCCGCACGAGCAGUUCUCGGUCACCUUUGCCAGGUUUCUCCGUGAUGAAGACGAGGGUGGCUGCGCUGGGGGCAGACCCUGGGGCGGUCAGCUCUGCCACGGCCGCGUGAGCCUGGGCUGCAGCUGUGCCGUUUCAGGUCUCACUUUUUACUGCAGAAAAAACACUGGUUAUGUUCCCGGCUUUUCUUAUUUUAUCAGCAUAUUUAUUAAGACAAAAAAUGAGGUUUAACGUCUCUGAGUGUAAGCCUCUUAAGUAGGUUGCUAAUUCUUGUUUGUUUUUGUUUGCUGUGGGUUUAUUGCAUCACCUUUAGCUUUCUUGAUUUUAUAACCCGGUUUCAUAUGACUGCCUGUUUGGGCAUUUUUGUUUGAAGUGCGUCGACCUUCUUUGUAUAACACCAUUGUUAAAGGUACUUAACACGGUUCCUAGGUUUUAAUAUUUGUUAAUUCACGAGUGUUUGAAUGUGUGUUGGUUAGAGGAAGAAAAACCUAAGAAAAAUGAUUUUGUCUAGCGUUUUAUCGGCUGUUCCUCAGUGGGUGGGAUGAGGGGAAAGGGAUCCUGUGAAAGGAUGACUUUCCCUCAAAUGACAAAAUAGGAAGCUUGGUGUGAUAUAUUUUUGAAGGUUUUCUUUGUUUUUGGGGGGGGGGGGGAGCCGAGUGUCUUUAGUUCUCCAGAUUCCUAAACUAAAGAAUUGUUUUUCUUUAAGAAAGAGAAAGAAAUGUGCACACGAGUGGGAUUUUGUAACUGGCGGUGGGGAGGCGGCAGAGGCUCGAGUGACGUUCUCGCGGCACGUGGAUUCGGAGUGCUUUUGCAAUAAAACAUAAAAACGCC